CGGGAAGAAAGGAACUGACGGACAACAAAGUGAUCGGUGAAAUUAGAUCGUGGAGACAGCAGCUUUUCCUCGGUCAUGCCAGUUCUUAAAUUUGAUGCUGAGUCACUAGAAGGUAUCCCAAAAUCCUCCUGUUAUAAGCUUCCAUCAAAGACUAUGGAGGAAAUAGAACAUACCUGCCCUCAGCCUCGUACGACAUUCACUGAACCUGCUGCAUUUGCAGAUGAAACAAGCUGUCAGUGCAAGGCCCCCCACGAAAGACUGACUAUUGCUCAGGCCGGUUUUGGAACACCAAUUGACAGACCAGUGAGAGUUUAUGCAGAUGGAAUAUUUGAUCUCUUUCAUUCGGGUCAUGCUCGGGCUCUCAUGCAGGCCAAAAAUCUUUUUCCAAAUACCUACCUACUUGUUGGAGUGUGUAGUGAUGAUCUAACACAUCAAUACAAAGGAUUCACUGUCAUGAAUGAGAUCGAGCGGUAUGAUGCCCUGAGACAUUGUCGCUAUGUUGAUGAGGUUAUCAGGGAUGCACCAUGGACACUAUCUCCGGAAUUUCUUGAAAAACAUAAGAUUGAUUUUGUGGCACACGAUGAUAUUCCAUACUCCUCUGCUGGAUCAGAUGAUGUCUAUAAACACAUUAAGGAAGCUGGCAUGUUUGUCCCAACUCAAAGAACAGAGGGCAUCUCUACAUCUGACCUUAUCACCAGAAUUGUAAGAGAUUAUGAUGUUUAUGCCCGACGUAAUCUUCAGAGAGGUUACACAGCCAAAGAGCUUAACGUUAGUUUCAUAAAUGAAAAGAAGUAUCGCUUUCAAAAUCAUGUUGAUAAAAUGAAAGAAAAAGUAAAGAACGUAGAAGAAAAGUCAAAAGAAUUUGUUUACAAAGUGGAGGAAAAAAGCCAUGAUCUUAUACAAAAAUGGGAAGAAAAAUCACGAGAAUUUAUUGGAAACUUUUUAGAGCUGUUUGGUCCAGAUGGAACUUGGAAACAAGUUUUCCAGGAGAGAGGCGGUCGGAUGCUGCAAGCUCUGUCUCCAAGGCAAAGUCCCUCAAGUAGCCCAACAAGAGAACGGUCCCAGUCCCCAACAUUCCAGUGGCCAUUUACCAAAACUUCACCCCCAUCUUCCCCGAAAGUUGCUUCUGCCUCCAUCAGUAGCAUCAGUGAUGGAGAAGAGGAUGAAAAUUGAAUGAUUGGGAACCUGCAGCACGUGAGCAGAUGAAUAUGAUCAGCAAUGAUGUAAUCUCAGGCAAACCUUAGCCUUUUAGUUUUCCUUUCCUUCAUUCUCCGGCCCUUAACAGAGUCUGACUAAUCCUAUUAUUACAACAUGUUUAUAGUGCACACAUCACAAAUAUCAGCUUCUAAAUUGUCCCCCCUCUACAAGAAUCUGUGCUAUAUUUAAUGUUAGCAUCACAAUGUUCAUGGCUCCUGUGUUGACAUAAGUCACAUGAGACAUCCCUCAAUGUAAAACCAAAAACAUCUCAGAUGCCAUCUAUAAAGGGAAU